AUGACUGAUAAAGCAUACCAAAGAAUCAGAGCAUUAUCUGGAUGGCUUACCAUAGCGGGACGUUCACAUCAAUGCAGUAAAUCGUCUAUCGAAGAAUUGAAAACUUUGGGACGAGGAACUUUUGGUCAUGUUUUUAAAGCGAGGUGUAACCAUACAAACAGCAUAAUGGCAAUUAAAAAGCUUAUAAUACUUGACCGGAAAGAGUAUAAAUCAGCGGUGACUGACGUAGCUGUCAGUAUAGAAGCUGCGAACUGCCCAAAUAUUGUUAAAUUCUACGGAUGCUUUGUUGAUGAAGCUGAGUUAUUGAUAUGUAUGGAAAUGGCAACAGGAUUUGACAAAGUCUUAACUAAGGCUGUUAGAAUCCCAGAAAAAAUUAUUGCAAAAGUGGCGCUGUCUGCCCUUUGUGCACUACAGUACCUGAAAGAAAAGAAGAUAAUGCAUCGUGAUAUAAAACCAGGAAAUAUUUUAAUCGAUUAUCAUGGAACAAUAAAGCUUUGCGAUUUUGGUGUUUGUGGACGUCUAAUUGAUACAAAUUGGGCUGAAUCGUUUUCAGUGGGAAGCCUUGCUUACCUAGCCGUAAGUGACUUUUAG